GCAAUGGCAGGCUGUGUGAGGGAUCCCUGUGGGCUGCUCUGUAUUUUACUCACCUAUCUGAGCCUAGGUUACGCGGAUUAUGUUAUUGUUAGACAUAUCCUUCUGGACUCCUACACCGGGAGUAUCUGGUGCCCACUCCAUGCUGUGGGCUUCAACCUGAUUGUUUUUCUGGUCCUUGCCUGCCACACACGGGCAGUUUUCUCAGAUCCAGGCACAGUCCCUUUACCAGUCACAGCCAUCGAUUUCUCCGACCUCCGUUCUAACACUCCACGCAAAAAUGACCGGGGUAAUGAGGAUUGGACUGUAUGUAACAGGUGUGAGACCUAUCGCCCUCCUCGGGCACAUCACUGCCGUAUCUGUCACCGCUGCAUUCGGAGAAUGGAUCACCACUGCCCGUGGAUAAAUAAUUGCGUUGGCGAGCUAAACCAAAAAUACUUCAUCCAGUUCCUGUUUUACACAGGGCUGACCAGUCUUUAUGCUAUGGGCCUAGUGCUGGCUACUUGGCUCUGGCCACCCAAGAAAGUAAUGGCAGAGGAUCUAGACAAGGGAGAACCAGCACACAGCCAUGUACAGAUGGCCCACUGCAUACUUCUUCUGGUUGAAGCGCUGCUUUUUGGGCUUUUCGUAACAGUCAUUUUUUAUGACCAGAUUGUCUCUAUUAUCACGGAUGAAACCCCAAUUGAACAGCUAAGAAAUCGUCUCCUGAAGGAAGCAAACAAAGAGGUCUUGCACACACGGAAGCCAAAGAUGGCUCUUCUGCGGGAAGUGUUUGGCCGAGGUUACAUGAUUUGCUGGUUCUUCCCGUGUCACAGCCCCCCUUCCUCUGGAGGAAUUGCCUACACUUACCUUCCGGAUUAUGAUGUUUAAGGCAGGAGAUUUUGGAACGUUACACUUGUUUACUGAACUGUAACCUUGAUUCACACAUCUAUACUUGUCUGUUCUUGCAUUUCUGUUUUCCAAUUACUGGGAUUUUAUACUGUAUGUGGCUGCUGAUCUUGAUCAAGAUAACCAGUAAUGGGGGAAAAAAACAUAUACUUUUACCUGAAACAGGAAUGAUUGCAUAACUUUUGCCCUUUUGAGUGCAACUACCAUUUGCAUAAGCAGAUAUGGAUUCCAUAUGCAGAUCUUACAUGAACCGCACUUACUAGAGUCUGCCAGAUGCUCAUGGUGUAUUCAGAAGGUUUGACUUUCUCCUAUCUGUAAACCCUAUCAGCAUUCCUUUUUUAUGCCACUUGCUAUUAUUCUAAGGUCGACUUCAAUUUGCUGCAGAAGUCUUCACCUUAGUUUUAUAUUUACUUGAAGUUUGAAGGUCAGAAUUUUCCUGUGAUGAAACAAUGGACAACAUAUAGCAGUCAGGAGGACCCCAUAGCUUUAAACUUGCACCAUUUUGGAAAAUGGCUCGGCACUGUGUAUGAGCAGUUUCCAGCACUAAUCUGAGCACUCAACUGGAUUCUGAAUUAUCAAAGUUAGCAUAAUAUGCUGAAUUAUUUAUUAGGAGUGCAGACUUGUGCCUUUUGUCUUCAUACACAAAUACAAGUUACUGGAAAAUCAUGGGAGGCUGUCAACAACUGCAGAACUAUUCAUUUAUAGUAAUGGGAUUGUCUUUCCAUUAACAAAUGUGUACGUGUGCAAUGGGUUCUGUGAAAUUUUUUAUGUGGUUGUUUUUGGUUUUUGUUUUGUUGUUGGUGUGAUUUCCCCACCACCACAUAUAUAUAUAGUUGUCAAAGUGUGGCGGAAUUUUUUAAUAAGAAGAUUACAGGAAUAUAAAAGUAUCACAGAGCAAUCCAAAUGAAAAAAGAAAUUGUACAAAGGUCUCUCUUUAGCGAAGGUAGAUCACUCCAGACAUUGGCAGAAUGAGGAUAUACUGUAUAUGCAUGUUUGGCAUAAUAUAAUACUUGAAAGGAAAGGUCUGGAAUACUGAUAUAUAUAUAUAUAUAUAUAUAUAUAUCUCAUAUGACACUUAAAGCAUCACUUCACUUUAAGUUGUUGCCUAUUGGGUCUUUUCAAGGACGGUAACAAGGAAACAUUGCACUAAAAAUUAUUUAUUAACCACUAAGGCUGUCCACUACAGAUUGUUCUCCACUUCUGUAUUGCUCUGCUGACUUUAUUUAUUAUAAAAUUACAAUUCUGACAUGAUUUUUUUUUUUGGAGAGAAACAAGAGAAAAUGUGGUAGCAAAAGUCCUCUAAUCUUCUUUAAAAAUGUAAAUGUGUUUUUAAAGGGGCUUCCUUCUGAAAAUGUAAUACUGUGCUAUUUAGAGACAACAUCGUUUUAAGUGCGUUUCCAAUAUACAUUUUCAUUGGAAGAAGAAAAAAAUCCUUCUCGAUGACGAUAGCCCACAGCUGUAGUACAGUUUGCAAGAAUAUGAUUGCAUAUGCAGCACAGUGCAUACCGACCAAUCGGCAUGGGUGUUAGUCACAGCAUUAUUUGCACCAACAUUCCCCUUUCAUAUCUGAAACUAAUUUAUAUGUCAGAAGUUGCCAGCUGUUUUUAAACUUGAUUCAUACUUUUUCUGCAGCUUGCAAUAUUUGAGAGUUUGGAGUCUUGUUCACAAAACUGCUGUUCAGAUGUAUUCUGCUAAAUAACUGGAGCUUGUGCCUUUUGGUUAGCAGCUGUAGGAUUACUGUUUCUGCCAUUCAACAGCAGAGGGCAGUGUUUGCACAUUUAAUCCAUCAGAGCACUAUUUAUUGUUUGUGUUUCCACCACUUAGCUGAAUAAAACUGCAAUGUAUUCACUACGCUGCAUAGCAAUUAAAGGGACGUAAACCUGCAAUAAAAAUACUGUAAUGCAUUACAGCAUUUUGUUUUUUCACUAUUGCUUGCAUUGAACUAUGUACUUAAAAGGGCAGUCAACUCCAGAAUUCUUAUUGUUUAAAAAGGUAGAUAAUCCUUUUAUUAUCCAUUCUCCAGUAUUGCAUAACCAACAGUUAUAUCAAUACACUUUUUUUACCUCUGUGAUUACCUUGUAUCUAAGCUUCUGCAGACUGCCUCCUUGUCUUAGAUCUUUUGACAGACUUGUAUUUUAGGCAAAUGUGCUUACUCUUAAAUAACUUCACAGGCGUGAGCACAAUGUUAUCUAUAUGGCUCACAUGAACUAACGCCCUCUAGCAGUGAAAAACUGUCAAAUGCAUUCAGAUACGAGGCAGCCUUCAAGGGAAAAUUGUUACUGUUUAAAAAGAUGGAUAAUCCCUUUAUUACCCAUUCCCCAGUUUUGCAUAACCAGCACUGUUAUAUUAAUAUACGUUUUACUUCUAUGAUUACCUGUAUCUAAGCCCCCUGCAGACGCCCCUUAUCUCAACACUUUUUACAAUCUUGCAUUUUAGUCAAUCAGAGCUGGUUCUUGUAUAAUCAUUAUCAUUCUCCAUGGGAACUAGCACUGUCUAGCAUUUGUGCAAGAUUUUAAAAGCACUGAAAUAAGGGGUGGCCUGCGGGGGUUUAGAAACAGCCAAACUUAGAGGUUAUAAAGUAUAUUUAUAUAGCAAUGUUGGUUGUGCAAAGCUGGGGAAUUGUUACUUAAAGCGUUUAGCUUUUUAAACAACAAAAACAAUCAAGUAGACUGUCCCUUUAAAGGGACAUUAAACCUAUAUCAUGGAUGCUGCCAUUAUGGAACUUAAAUGACACUACAGAUAUCUGAAGGAGAGUUCCUGCACAGGGAAUAACCUCAAUACUAUGUUUAUAAAUUAUGUUUAAUGUCCCUUUAACCACUACAAAAGGCUUAAACACAUAGUUAAAUUCAGCUCUAGAGUAGCAAUGCAUUAAUGGGACCUAGCACAUCUGGUGAACCAAUAACAAGAAUCAUGUGUGUAGCCACAAAUCACCAGCUACCCCAGCCGUGCAUUGCUGCUCUUGAGAAUGCCUAGGUUUUCAAAAAAGGGUACCAAGAGAUCAAAGGGACAUGAAACACAAAAUCUUUUUUUUCUUGGUUCAGACAGAACAUGCAAUUUUAAACAACUUUCCAGUUUGCUUCAUUCUAUUGGUAUUCUUUGUUGAAAAAGCAGCAAUGAACUACUGGGAGCUAGUUAAGUGUAAGAAGUAAAUUGGAAACUUGUUUAAAAUCUAUUCUAAAAGUAAAUUGGAAACUAUAUCUAAAUUAAUGGAUGGUUAAAGGGACAGUCUAGUCAGAAUUAAACUUUCAUUAUUCAGAUAGGACUUGUAAUUUUAAUCAGCUUUGCAAUUUACUUUUAUCAUCAAAUUAGCUUUUUUCUCUUGGUAUUCUUAGUUUAAACUAAACCUAGGAUGGCUCAUAUGCUAAUUUCUAAGCCUUUCAGGGCUUCCUCUUAUCACAUGCUUUUAAAUUUUAUUUUAAACACAAAGAGACAGAAAGUACACGUGGGUCAUAUAGAUAACACUGUGUUCAGGCACAGGGGGUUAUUUAAGUUCUAGCACAAUACAAUGCUAAAUUUAAGACAAUAGCUAAUAAACAGUCAGUCAUGUGAUCAGGGGGCUGGAAGAAGGUUCCUAGAUACAAGGUAAUCACAGAGGUAAAAAGUAUAUUAAUAUAACUGUGUUGGUUAUGCAAAACUGGGGAAUGGGUAAUAAAGGGAUUAUCUAUCAUUUAAAACAAUAACAAUUAUAUUGUAGACUGUCCCUUUUAAAGUCAGCUCUUGUCCAGCAAUGUACUCCUGGGCUUGGAAUACUGUCAACUAAGUCAGGGUCGGCAUAUCUGUAUAGCCAGCGAUCAUUAGCUUUGCUCAGCUCAAGACUGGCAGUGAAUUAUGUCCCUUUAAACAAUCUCCUAAAUCUAAGAGCACUUUACCUAGCAAUGGUUUUAAGUAUGAAUUUAAAUACCUUUUACAUGUUGCCCAUCUCAUUUCAGUACCUCUGCAACUUGUUGCAUAAUACUGAUUUCUCGUGCAGUGUCACAGCACUGUUCCAGUUUUAAAGCAUUGCCACAGAGCUUAAAGGGACACUGAACCCAUUUUUUUUCUUUCGUGAUUUAGAUAGAGCAGGCAAUUUUGAGCAACUUUCUAAUUUACUCCUAUUAUCAAUUUUUCUUCGUUCUCUUGCUAUCUUUAUUUGAAAAAGAAGGCAUCUAAACUUUUUUUGGGUUCAGAACUCUGGGCAGCAGUUUUUGAUUGGUGGAUUAAUUUAUCCACCAAUCAGCAAGGACAACCUAGGUUGUUCACCAAAAAUGGGCCGGCAUCUAAACUUACAUUCUUGCAUUUCAAAUAAAGAUACCAAGAGAAUGAAGAAAAAUUGAUAAUAGGAGUAAAUUAGAAAGUUGCUUAAAAUGCCAUGCUCUAUCUGAAUCACGAAAGAAAAAAAUUGGGUUCAGUGUCCCUUUAAGUACAAUGUAUGUGAUUCAGUAGUAAACACAUUUUAUAUGAGUUGUAGAUUGUUUUCUGGCAAAUUUUAAAAUCUAUGUUAAUUUGCUGUAUCAUGUGACAGCCAUCAGCCAAUCACAGGCUACUAUACAUAUACACUGAACUCUUGCACAUGCUCAGUAGAAGCUUGAGCCCCUGAAUCAUGAAAGUUUAAAUUUGACUUUAAUGUCCUCUUUUUAAGCUUAAACUUCCAACAAAAUAAACGUGAAUGUUAUAAGAUAGCUAUUAUAGACAUGGCAUUUUGUUUUUGUUUUCAAUGAAUUUUAACUAAUUUUAUCUGAAAUCCGUUCAUUUAGAUUCUCCAAUUAAUAGAUAGUAAAAAAAUAUUUGUAAUUCAUUUGUUUUGCAAAUUAAUCACAAAUGUUAGCACGUUACUUGGCCAAAGUGACCAUAGUCCUGUGCGUGGGCUUGUUAAAUGCCAUUAGGACAGUGCUUGACAAAUCCAGGAGCCAAUGCUCCUGGUGUUUUAUCUCAGACUCCUCAAUUUAUGGACUCUUCUGCCUAUGUCUGUAUACAAAACUCUUGUUUGGCUCCUAAAAUGCGUUGCUAGGUCCUCACUACUUGUGGUGUUGUGGGUUUCUUUUCUACUUUUGUUUCAUGUUAAAGUGAUGGUAAAUUCUAGCGUUUCAAAAAAGGCUAGAAUUUACCAUCAUUAAAAAUAAAGGCAACCUUCAUUCAUUAGUACCUUUUUAAAGGAAUAGUCUAGUCAAAAUUAAACUUUCAUGAAUCAGAGCAUGCAAUUUUAAGCAACUUUCUAAUUUACUCCUAUUAUCAAUUUCUCUUCGUUCUCUUUCUUAUCUUUAUUUGAAAAGCAGGAAUGUAAGCAUAGGAGCCGGCCCAUUUUUUGUUUAGCACCUGGGUAGCACUUUCUGAUUGGUGUCUAAAUGUAACCACAAAUCUGCAAGCGCUACCCAGGUGCUGAACCAAAAUUGGGCCUGGCUCGUAAGCUUACAUUCAAAUAAAGAUACCAAGAGAAAGAAGAAAAAUUGAUAAUAGGAGUAAAUUAGAAAGUAACUUAAAAUUGCAUGCUCUAUCUGAAUCAUGAAAGUUUAAUUUUGACUUGACUAUUCCUUUAAAUUACUGCGGCUUAAGUGCUAACCUAAGCGCCUCCGUCCACCCACAGCAAAGCUCAUAAUGCCAAAGGGCAAGCACAGCUAUUGGCUGAGAGGUGGAAAACUGAGCUGUGAUGAAUGGUCACCUUUAUUUUCAGUGAUGGUAAGUCCUAGCGUUUUUGAAACGCUAGAAUUUAUCAUCACUUUAAGAUACAAAUUUGAUUAUAUUUGCAGAAAUGUUUGUUAAAAAGGAUUACUAAGAAUUAGAAACAUUUUUUGCAGACGUUCCGUCAGAAUUUUUAUAUAAAUUGCUCUGCUUUGCAUUUUAAAUGUCUCUAAAUUGUCCCAUAAGAAUAUAAAUAUAUGAAUGUAUUUUCAAAUUAAUUUCUAAGUAUUAUGUGUAAUAUGGGAAUUCAUCUGUAUUUGCAGAAUAUAAAUUGAGAGAUUUAUGUCUGUACUGUCUAAAAGAAGAGGAAAGGGUGAGAGGUUGUUAUGCAGUAUUCAUGUUUCCUGCUAGACAUUCUGUAUUCUCAAAGCUGCUUCAUGAGAACACCUGGUAAUUUAGAUAAAUAUAUAGGAUACUAAAAGGUACACUUCCUUACUUUAACCGUGUCAGUGAUGUUAUUGGAUUUGUUGCUGUAAAAAUAUUUAUUGCUUCCUGUUUUUAUGUUAUAAAUAAUGUUCAUUUCUCUGUUGCUAUUAAACUGAACUAAUCUCA